AUGGCAGGCCACAAUCCAUCGGCGCCCAAAAUCACCCUGGACACAUCGAAUCUGUCAGAAUACGAUACGCCAUCGAGUCACAGAAGGGGACUUAGCAUGUCAACACCACCUCAGUCGGCCGUGGAUGAAAGCUCAUACUUGUCUCCGACCUCACCAGAACGCAAACACGCAUUCGACGGGGCAACGCUAACUUCGCAAUCGGCCGAUGGCUCGACUCGGCUUCGAUCCAACUCCGGAAUUUCCGCGACCUCUUCUGCCACCGCCUAUUCCAAAUCUAGCCUCGAGUAUGAAUCUCCAGAAGACGCCCUGCGACCGGACAAGGGCAACGAGAAGGAUUUUGUGGUUCAGAACAAUCCUUUUGCCUUCUCUCCCGGUCAGCUAAACAAGCUCCUCAAUCCGAAAUCACUUUCAGCAUUCAGAGCUCUUGGCGGCUUGAGAGGGCUUGAGAAAGGGCUCCGAACGAGCCUCACGGCCGGGUUAUCAGUCGACGAGAAUCGCCUAGAUGGAUGCGUGUCUUUCGAGGAAGCAACCGCAGCCGGCAACGGUAAAGCCUUUGCAGAUAUACCACUGUCCUCCGCACCAGCGAAAUCUGAGCAACGAGAGUCAAAAAGCAAUCAGUUUGACGAUCGGUUACGCGUUUUCAAAGACAAUCGGCUUCCGGAACGCAAGCCCGAUGGAAUUCUAGUCCUGAUUUGGAGGGCUUAUAACGACAAAAUCCUCAUUCUUCUUACGAUUGCGGCGGUAAUCUCGUUGGCGUUGGGUAUCUACGAAACCGUCGACGCAGGCACCGGCGUCGAAUGGGUUGAAGGUGUCGCUAUAUGCGUUGCCAUCACCAUUGUUGUCACUGUGGGUGCCGCAAAUGACUGGCAAAAAGAGCGGCAGUUUGUUAAGCUCAGCAAGAGGAAAGACGAUCGAGAAGUCAAGGUUAUUCGGUCCGGCAAAUCGAUCCAGAUUUCUGUCCACGAUAUCACAGUGGGUGAUGUGCUUCACCUCGAACCUGGUGACGCCAUUCCUGCCGAUGGUGUAUUUAUCUCCGGCCACGGCGUCAAGUGCGAUGAGUCCUCUGCGACUGGCGAGUCCGACCAGAUGAAGAAGACUCCUGGUGAGGAAGUCUGGCAACGUAUCCAAGAUGGCACAGCGACUGCCAAGUUGGAUCCUUUCAUCAUCAGCGGUUCUAAAGUUCUUGAAGGUGUCGGCACAUACCUUGUUACCAGCGUUGGCACGAACAGCUCUUACGGCAAAAUCUUGAUGAGUCUACAAACCAACAAUGACCCAACUCCUUUGCAGGUCAAGCUUGGAAAGCUAGCAAAUUGGAUUGGUGGCCUCGGUUCAUCUGCUGCUGUUCUUUUGUUCUUCGUGCUCCUGAUCAAGUUCCUCACAAACUUGUCCUCCGACGAUCGUCCGGGUCCUGUGAAAGCGCAAGAAUUCUUGGAUAUUCUGAUCGUCGCCAUUACUGUCAUCGUUGUGGCCGUCCCCGAAGGAUUGCCUCUAGCGGUCACUCUGGCGCUUGCAUUUGCGACGACAAGAAUGUUGAAAGAAAACAAUCUUGUCCGGGUCCUCCGGGCCUGCGAGACCAUGGGCAAUGCCACGACGAUUUGCUCUGACAAAACCGGUACACUGACGCAGAAUAAGAUGACCGUUGUUGCUGGUACACUUGGACCAGACCAGCAAUUUGCGGCCUCGCCGGCCUCCAACAGCGAAAAGCCAUCGCCGGCUUCUUUCGCAGAUAUGUUUACCAAGCUGGGCGCAGAAUUCAAGGAGCUGCUUCGCCUCUCCAUCACACUCAACAGUACAGCAUUUGAAGGCGAGGAGAAAGGCAUUCCAACAUUCAUUGGUUCAAAAACAGAAGUGGCAAUGCUCACCCUUGCCAAAGAACAACUUGGUCUGGAGCACCUGGCCACCGAGCGAUCAAAUUACAAGGUCAAGCAGCUCAUUCCGUUUGACUCCGGCCGGAAAUGUAUGGGCAUUGUCAUCAAACACAAUGGUGGCUACCGACUGCUCGUGAAAGGGGCAGCGGAGAUCAUGCUUUCAAAAGCAACCCAAACUGUCUCCAGCAUCUAUGCACAUGAAAGGCCCUACCAAGUGGUCGAUAUGACGGCUGAAGAUGUGGAAACUAUUGCUGCCACCAUCGACGAUUACGCACAACUUUCCCUUCGUACCAUCGGUAUACUAUACAAGGACUUCCCUCAAUGGCCGCCAGCUGGCGCAAAGACGCUCGAGGAGGAUCCCAAAUCGGUCGUGUUUGACGAUGUUUUCCAUGACAUGACCUGGGUAGGCGUCGUCGGUAUCCAAGAUCCUCUUAGAGAAGGUGUCGUCGAGGCUGUGGCUCAAUGCCAACAGUCUGGCGUUGUGGUUCGCAUGGUUACCGGCGACAACAUCACCACGGCCCGCGCCAUUGCUGUCGAUUGUGGUAUCCUCCGUCCUGAUGAGUCUGGCAUUGUUAUGGAAGGUCCCAAAUUUCGGCAACUUUCGGACGAAGAAAUGGACGCCAUGCUUCCAAAGCUGCGAGUCCUAGCUCGUUCGUCGCCAGAGGACAAACGCAUUCUGGUCAGCCGUCUGAAGCACUUGGGCGAAACUGUCGCUGUUACGGGUGAUGGCACCAACGACGGCCCUGCUUUGAAGAUGGCCGACGUCGGUUUUAGUAUGGGUAUUGCUGGCACAGAAGUCGCAAAGGAAGCAUCCUCCAUCAUUCUGCUCGACGACAAUUUCUCCUCGACCAUCACCGCCCUCAUGUGGGGACGCGCAGUCAACGACGCAGUCAAGAAGUUCUUACAAUUCCAGAUCACCGUCAACAUCACAGCUGUGAUCCUGACCUUUGUGUCCGCCGUGUCUAGUGACUCGAACCACUCUGUGCUUACAGCAGUACAGCUUCUCUGGGUGAACCUGAUUAUGGACACGCUCGCUGCUUUGGCACUCGCGACUGACGCACCAACCAAGAAGAUCCUCGACCGACCACCUCAGCCAAAGUCCCAGCCUCUGAUCACCAUCAACAUGUGGAAAAUGAUCAUUGGUCAAGCCAUCUACCAACUUGUUGUCACAUUCAUUCUGUACUUCGCGGGCAUGUCGAUUUUCAGCUACGAAAUGCACCAACGCAUCGAACUGAACACCAUCGUCUUCAACUCGUUUGUCUGGAUGCAGAUAUUCAACGAAUUCAACAACCGCCGGCUGGACAACAAGUUCAACAUUUUCGAGGGCAUCCACCGCAACUUCUGGUUCAUCGGCAUCAACUGUAUCAUGGUCGGUGGACAGAUCAUGAUCAUUUUCGUCGGUGGUCAGGCAUUCAGCAUCACUCGACUGAACGGUGUGCAAUGGGCCAUCUCACUCCUCACCGCAUUGCCAUGCUUGCUCUGGGGUGUCCUGGUCCGCUGUUUCCCUGACGCCUGGUUCGCAGUCGUCUUCAACGGGAGUGUUGGUGCCAUGACCGUCGUCCUCCGACCGAUCUCGAAGGUCUUGCACGUCAUCUUCCACCCCGUCGCGCAGGUGUUCCGAGCCAUCUCGCGGUUCUCGAAACGUACUGUGCGUAAAAUCACAGGCAAGAAACCUUCCUCCGAUGAUGACGAAGCGAUGGUUCAGUCCGUCGACGAAGAGCGCUUGACGGAAAACAAGGCUGCGACUGUGGACCAAGAGACUGGCAUCCCUUCCAUGCCGACAUUCAUGUCGACUGAACCUGUCAAUGUCACUCCCAACGUCAAUGCCACCCACGCCAGGAACGCAAGCGACGGGGCUCCUUUACCGUCUGUUUCGGUCACUGGACCCAGCUAA